AUGCUAGACAAGGGAAAAGAGGAUGCGGUUCUGCAGAGCGCCCUUCAAAUAUGCCUGAGGAAGGAGGAGGCGAGUAACGCCAAGGUGCACCUAGAGUCGUACGAAAGGGAAUUAAGGGAAACGAGCAAAGAGGGGAAACCACCAUUUUUUUUACAGAUUGAAAAUUUAUAUUUUAUCCUUUUGCACAAAAUAGCAUAUCUGCAUAAGCAAAAGAAGAACUGCCUCACCUAUUUGUGUUCCUGUUCAGCUAGGCUGUCAGAUAAAGCACUCUUCAAGCAUUUGCAGUUGGACAAUAAGGAGUUAGAUGAUAUAACCAAUGAAAUCAACAACCAGAUAAUAAAUAGUGUAAUUAUUUAUUUGGAGAAUUUGGAGGUGUACCCAGACGUGACUAUUCCGGCAAAGGAACGGGUUCACACCUUUUAUGAAUUUCUGAAGGAUUCAUGUACUUCUCGUUUUUUAAAAAAAAUAUUAUUAGUAAUUGAGGAGAAUGAUAAAAAUGAAGAGACAGAGGAAGACAAACAACUGAAUAAAUUUUUUACACCCAUUGUGAACCUCAUUUUCGAAAACCUAGGUGGAAGAAAUUUGGUCUAUCCAAAAAAUGAUGUGGCCGUGUUAUUAAAAUUUCUUUCAAGCUUUAAGCAAAUUGCGGAACAUAUAAUUUAUAGUAAGUCCAUCUUUUUACAUCUGAACUUGAGAGACAAGAUUAGGGAUUGCGUUUUUUCCGGAAAUGAAGCCGCCACAGUGGAAAGUGCUAUUUCAGCUACCCAUGGAGGGUUCGACGUAGAGAAACCAUGUAGCAAGGACAAGGAAAUAAAUUCAUGUGGAUAUAAUCUCCAGCUAAACAGCCUCCUUGGGAGAUUAUUAUCCCCAACAGUUAUUACCAUGCCAAAUAUCACAAAGAAGGAGGAGAUUGCCAUGUACAAAUAUUUCUACAACAGUACAACGAACACACUGAACAAAAUGACUUUAGGUGCUUUAAAAAAUACAUACGUUAUGUUGAGGAGGGAUACGGAUUGGAUUUUGGAGAACUGCGUGGAAAUUAUAAAGAAUUUACUUAAAGGUAGUGGGGAGAGCAAGAAGCGAGUAUUGCUCUGGCUAGCUUGUAUUAUCAUUUCGAAUGAAAAGAAGACGAAAAUUAUGUACCACUAUUCGACUUAUCCACAGUCGUUAGAUGCAUCUUAUGGACUGUUUUUAAAAUUGCUAGGAGAGAAUUCCUAUGGAUUUUGCCUGAACAUGUUUUGGGUUCUACUCUGUCUGUGUGAACCCAUCACCAUGAACAAGAUCAGCGACUUUGACUUGUUUUUUUUCCUCAGAGAUGAUCCUUUCUCCAAAUUUUUAUUAAAAAAUAUAACCAACCAAUCUUCCUUUGAAGAAAAAUCAAAUGUUGAAAACAUAAAGCAAAAAGUAAAAAAUUCAGAAGGUUUCAGCAAGGAGCCUAAAUUUAUAACAUGCAUCUUUUGGAUAACGUUUAAAUCUCUCAGUGUCUUCUUCAAGCCAGCCAUUGAUGAGUUUAUGAGGAUUGUCCAGGAGGUUCCAAAUGCAAAGGACAAGAAUUUUUAUUAUAUGAAUAUACAUACAUGGAAAAUUUUUUUGUACAGUUCUCGUUUUAUUCAACUCUUAUUUAAAUUCCUACACCUCACCAUGGCAUACUUUUUGCAUGUAGCAUAUUUGUACGAUAUGGAAGGGAAUCCCUGCAUGGAUAUGAUGAACAGCUUGAGGGAGCAUAAUGGAAACUUCACCCACCUGGUGUUGAAGUCAUGUCCUCCUCCAAAUGAGAAAAAUUAUUUUAGGAGAGGUAAAACCUUCGGUAGUCUGUCGCUUUGUGAGAAUGACCCCGGGGGCCAAGGGGAGGAAGCAGAGGAAGAUGCGGAGAAGCGAGAUGAGGAGGGCAGACGCGCGGAAUUGCCACAGGAAGAUGGAUUGGAUGAUCGUACACAGGGCCAAAGAGGCAGUGACAACAUAGAGAGGAAUCCCCAGGAUAGGGAAGACCAUCUGUUUGCAUCACCCCAGUUUUCAAUCAUCCCAACUUUUUUUCUAAACGAUAUAUUUGAUAUAAUAUACCUACUGUAUGAACUGGACGCGUUUAAAAAUCCAGGGAAUGAAAAUUUUCUUAGUUACCUAAAUACAGAUUUAUUUUUGGCUUUCUGCAUUUUCACCAUGUUAAGUGAAAACCAUAUAAAGAGCAUCCACCUGAGAUGCGAAGCUGCCCCAAAGACAUUUACCUACCUGUACAGAAGUGACACGAUGAAAAAAAUUAUAGAAGAAUCUGAUUUAACUAGAAAGUAUAUUAUAAAAUCUUUGACGUAUGUUUUUAUUGCAUCGCAAAAAGGGGAAUAUACGGAGAGGAUGCAAACUAGGGUUCGCAUUGUGGAAAAUUUUAACAAUUUAUUUCUUAACGAGAUUUAUGUGGAUCAGUUUACACAGUUAGUUAUCAAGAACAACAAUUUGUUUGUGCAUUUAAUUCACCUGCUUUUGAACGAUGUGAACUUUUUGGUUGAAGAGGUGGUUUCGUACUUGUCGGAAAUUAAGCGUCGCGAGGACAAGAAGAGGGACGACCAGGAGCGCGGAGACACCUCCACUGGGGGCGUGACAAGUGGUUUAGCAAGCAGCGCGACGAACGGUCAGGCAAAUGGAGGGACUACGAAUACAUACGCCAACGCGGCACGCAACAGUAGGGUGUCCAACACAAGUGCGAGCAGUGCUUUGAACCCUUACGGACGAAGCGAUUUUGAAGAGAGUGCGGCUAACGUUAAUGAGUCAUAUAACAGUGACAACAGCGAUAAUGAUGAAGGCGGGGGAGGCAAUGUCGGAACUGACAUAACGAAUGAAAGCAUGAGGAAUUUAACAGCCAGAACAAAAAUGAUCAUUACAUACUGCUACAAGUCUUGCAUUUUUUUGAAUCUCCUUUGUAAGAAUUACCCGAACAAUAUUGUAACGUCGAAUACCAUCUUAUCGCAAAUAGUUACAUGUCUGAACUGCUACUUCGACUACCUAGUGGGACCAAAAUGUUUAAACAUAAAGGUGAAGAACAUGGAGCAGUAUAAUUUUAGACCCCAGUUGUGGCUAACCAGUAUCGUAGAGUCAUACUUGUUUUUGCUGAAUUCCGAUAAAAAAAAUGAGGAACUACUUACGAGAGAAAUCGCCAACGAAGGAAGGUACUACAAACCGGAAGUAUUCAACAAGGCUUACUACAUAUGUAAGAGGGAAGGAUUAUUACGUAAGGAAGACUUAAAUAAAUUUAAAAAUUUCUGUCAACAAAUUAUUGACAUGAAGGAUGAAGUGGAACUUUUCGACGAUGUGGAUGAUAUACCUGAAAAGUAUUUGGAUCCUAUUUUGCAAGACAUUAUGUUGGAUCCUGUUCUGCUACCCACAUCUGGUAUUGUCAUCGAUCGAAAGAAUAUAGAGAGACAUCUGAUGAGUGAACCCAAUGAUCCCUUUAACCGAGCGCCCCUCAGCAAGGAACAGCUAGUACCCAUGCCAGAGCUCAAGGAGGAAAUUCACAAAUUCAUUAACGAAUUGAAGCAGAAGAAGAGGAAGAAGAAAAUGAACCUUUUGGAGUUGGAUGCCCAGAAUGAGUCCAUGGAAAAAGAGGGUUUUUUGGGAAAUCAGGACGAUGCGCAGGAGCAGAAGGGGCCAAGCGACGACAAGGUUGAAACACUGCACGAGGGGGAUAUAAAGGAGAAGGAGCAGGAAUGA